CAAAGACUAGGAACCUUCCAAGAAGCGCGCGCCCGCCGAUUCAAAGCUCCUGCGGCGACGUCGGCCACACAUAUCGCAUGCUCCUCCGCACCUUCUCCGCCCUACCACGUUCGCUGCCCACCGCAAAUCGGGACCCUGCAUCCAUAGAGCUUUCACAUUUUUCGACACGCUCCUCAGGAGAACCUCUGCAUCCAGCGUCCGCGGGCCAUCUCACCACGGCGCCUGCUCUCCACACUUGACCCCAACGCCAUGGCUUCUGUCGCAGAGGCCCGCCGGAGUCCCUUCUCCGCCGAUCCACACAAUCCCAACCUCCACAAGUCGAUACCCAUCCUGCCCUCGUCUGGCUCGACGCUUGCGCCGCCUAGAGACCCCAUGGACAUCACGCCCACCUCGUCCACCAUGGGCCCACCCUCUGACCGCAACGGCACAAGCUCCUUCCAAUCCCAGUCGCAAAGAGAAGGAAAUGGAGACUCGGGCAACACAUCGCCCAACGGCAACCAGGCGCCUGCCGUGGGCGCUGCCGCUGCCGCACAGCAGCCCAAGGUCGUCCAGACGGCCUUUAUACACAAGCUAUACAACAUGCUCGAGGACCAGAGCAUCCAGCACCUCAUCUCUUGGGCGAGCACCAACGAGAGCUUCGUCAUGUCACCCUCGAGCGAGUUCUCGAAAGUGCUGUCGUCGUACUUUAAACACACCAACAUCUCCUCUUUUGUCCGCCAAUUAAACAUGUAUGGCUUUCACAAAGUGAGCGACGUAUUUCACACGGGAUCUCCAGACACACCACUAUGGGAGUUCAAGCAUGGCAAUGGAAACUUCAAACGCGGAGAUCUAGUCGGUCUACGAGAGAUUAAGCGACGUGCUUCGAGACACGCCCUCAUCCAUCGCGACUCCUUCUCCGCACCCAAACUGCCUACUGGACCACCAGCUGCUCAGCCAGUCGAGCCGAUGCCGGACCCUACAGAGUCACGCCUCCAGAAUCUUGAGCAUAGCCUCUAUGACAUGCACGCGCGCAUGCAGCGGUCAGAAGACACAUGUGCCUACCUCAAUCAACGGAGCUCGGUCCUAGCCGAGGGCAUGAUGAAGUGUCACCAGUGGAACCAAGACCUCGCAACUCUGAUCAUGCAGAUGGUGCCGGACCCGGAAAAUCCAAUUCACAGGGAUGUGGCUAUGAUGCAACGUGAAAUUGCUCGACAAACAGACAUGCUCCGAGCACUAGAGCCACCAGAAGAGCCACCCCUAUCGGCACGCCAACCUUACUUUAUGCAAGUAGACUCCAGCAACGGCCCACCUCUUUCACCUCGGCAAAUGCCACAAGACAAUCUAAUAGACUCACGAAGAGGAUCCUUGGCGAGUAUCUCACGGCAAGCUCCAUACAAGGCUCCGGUCCCGGCGCAUCUUGCAAUCUCUCCCCGACGGUACGGAUCAAUAGGCACGGGUAAUUACUCUCCAUCUUCAGCCAGAACCCCAGUUUCACAUCAGCCACCCCCACCUCCUCCUCCUCCUCCUCCACCAGUCCAGCAACCAGGAGCUGCAACCCUUGGAAGCAACUUGCCAAGCAGCUCAUCCCCACCAUAUAAUCUAUACAGGCGGCACACCUCGGCAGAUAUCCGCACCCAUGGCUGGCAACCGCAACCACCUAGUGGGCCAGUUCACUCGCCCUAUGCUUCUGGUCACAACUCGACACAGUGGCCCUCCUCACCUCACCGCCCACCUAUCGGAGGAGGUGACCAGCAGCUCCGUGAUGCAUUAGAAUCAUACCAACUACCCCGCGGUCCACGGCAAGCGUCGUCAAGACAUGGUACCCCUCCAUUGUCAAGUGACAAUAUGCCAUCGACAUUAAGCGCAGACAGUGGGUGGACGUUACCAGGAGCUAGGUACCCUUUUAAAGGUAUCGACACGCCUGGACCACCUACUCGACGAUCCAGCAUGGCAUCCAACGUGCACUCGCUACUUAAUCCUGCCGAAACUGCGGAGCGCACGGAUGAAGAUGAACCGGACGACGCGCGCAAGCGGAAACGCAUGCAGUGAUGAUCACAUACCCCUGCCAAAUGACAUUCUCCUGCAGCUAUAUCGACAUUGCCCUCUGUUGUAGUUUUACCCUUGAUCCGGCGUUCGCUGAGUUUUUCUCUGGACAUGUCCCUGGUAUUCAGCUUGAUUUUUCUCUCUAUUAUUGCAUCCUG